AUGAAGACUACGAAGCCAUUAACUACUCGUUUUCCUAGCUUGCUUCGCAAGAAACCAUUUCCCAUACCUUCCCAGGGCCACCCUUACCGCCUGGCAUACUCAUUGAUGAAGAGAUAUCGCCAGUCUACGAUUCCAAGCGCUUUUAUCCAGCGAGACCUGGAGAGGUACUCGCCGAUCGUUAUCAAAACUUGGUCAAGGUCGGUUGGGGCGUGUCUUCAACAGUAUGGCUCGCGCGGGAUUUGUAUUGGUAGCCACAGACACGUCGAAGAGUCAGAGAGCGUCAUGGCACUGAAAAUUCUCAAUAAUAAUUCCAGUCCUGCUCAGUGCGAAGUUGAAGAGCAUAUCUCUACGGCAGACCCGUCAUCGCGGUCGCUCGCUUAUACGGACAUUGCUAGACUCUUUUCAAGUCGAAGGCCCAGAAGGUUAUCACUCAUGCUUGAUGUAUCCACCUAUGAGAAAGCCGUUGUUGAUGUAUCAGCGGCGCUUCAAAGACAGAAAGAUGCCACUGCCGCCUAUUAA